CGGAUCGAUCUUAUCUCCCAAUUGCAAAGAGAGUGACUGUCUAACCGCCAAAAUGUCCGGCAACCGGCAGGCUAGAUUCAAUCAACAUGUCCUCAUCGACACCACGCCCAUGCCCGAUGAGGUUCCGAAGGUGGAAGAAAUUGGAGCGAGCUCCGCGCCUUUGAUGAGUGCCUCGUAUUUUAUUGGCGAUCGAUGCAAAGCAUUCAAUGACGACUACAUGAAAUGCAAGGAGGAGGCAAAUGGGAAAGGAGAAUUGGAAUGUUUGAAAGAAGGCCGCAAGGUCACUCGCUGUGCCGCGAGCGUGCUAAAAGAUAUCAACACACACUGUCUUAAGGAAUUCCGGGGCCAUUGGGAGUGUCUUGAAAACAACAACCAGCAGCUCUGGCACUGCCGGGGCCCCGAACAGAAGCUCAACGCUUGCGUCUUUGACAAGCUCGGACUAAAAAAGGUCAUCCCUGAUACUCCAGAAGGUCAAACUCCAGUGCACCUCAGGAGAAAGCAGAUAUUCGCCAAUUCCCAAGCCCCGCAAUGGUAGAUUUCAUUUACAAUUGAUUCCGUGAUGUAUAUAUCGAAAUGAUCGCGUCGUUAUCCUUUUCUUUUUUUUUCCCGUCUGUUCCUAUAGAAUCUUAUCCCCGCUUUUCUCGGGCCCGUCUUGCACUUGACCAGGCAUCGCGAUGCCUUCCUCUCCGUGUGGAUUCGCAGCAUUAUGCUGUUCCCACGCGCGUUGUGUCGCGAAAUCUAUUCCUGUCGUUUGAAAUCAUCAAGUUCUAUUUUUCCGGCCCACGGGGUUCCAGUCAUAAACCUCCAUCUCCAAAAUCUGACGUUCAUGAAAUGGAGAAACGGUUCGUGCGGAUAAUUUCCAAUUAUAGUGACCAAAAGGUACAAGUCUUUUCUCUAAGGUCACAGCUCAUGCCGUGGGUAUGUGUCUAUAUAUAUGUUCUUGAAGAGCACUGAUCGCAAUCAUAACUUCCCACUCGGCUCGUUCUGCAUUUGUGCUCGGUAAUUCCUUAACCGGUUUGCGUGCUGAGGUUUUGCGUCUACUGCGACUUUAUGAUGCUCUGCUGUGGCAUAAAUUGUCUUGCCAUCAACAGAUUCCAUGACACCUCGAAGCAGCGUCAUUGUUUUUCCAUGUUGAAGCACAUUUGCACGAAUUCGUACCGUUGUCCCUGCAAUAAUCAUUAGGUUGUGUAUUCGAGGCGCUGUGCUUCUGCAUUUCUUGAAGCCAAUACGCGAACAUACCGAUAGGUAUAGCUCUGAGAUAAGAAAUGUUCAGGGAACGGGUGACGCCAGCGAGAAACCUAGAAGACUCUAAUGAGCCACCACGGUCUUCAACAUUCGCACACUACAAUGCGAAAGGGGAUAGAUUACUCCCAAUACCCAUCUCUCGCUAUUGGAUUCAUGGCUAUCGCUGUGCACAUAUCUUUUCAACUCUAUUAGUAUCGGUCCGAGCAAGGGUCACCCAUUUUUGCCCUCACACUCACCAAAUAUCACCGCAUAUGCUCCUCCAUG